AUGUCAAACAGGAAACUCCAGAUUGACACCAACAUGGCGCUGAAGCUGUAUGGGCUCAAAGUUGGUUUGACCGAUGAAUCAUGGAGGGCUGCGGAGAAGCAUUUCCAUGUCUAUCGCAGUGAGCGAUCAGCUUUUGGUCGUGACCAUCUCCUGAGCGAACGGUGGCUUCUUGGGAGCACGGCCGAGGGGAGUGAUGGCCAGUGGAGGGACAUCCUGAAAGUGGAGAACCACAAGCAGGACCUUUUCCUUAAUCGAAUUUUCGCCCUUCAUGCAUUGGCUGUUUCCAGAUCUUCCAGCAGUACCCAAGCCGUCAGGGUAACUUCGCAACAGUGGGACAAGGAAGUGAACCUAGCUUGUGUGGCUGCCUACGUCUUGGAAGCCAUGAAGGAGUACCGGGACCCUGACAAAAACAAUUCGACCGUUUUCUCUGAUUCGUGUUUGAAGAUGUGCCGCACUCGCUUUGUGGAAGGGGACUACCAUGAUGAUCUUGGAAUCCAUUUGGCUUCGGCGGAUCCUACGUUCCAACCUUCCAUCACAACCAUGUGGACUGAGAACGCACCAGAGAAAGAGGCCGAGGACAAAGAGAGCCAAGCAUUGGGCGAGGCAGAGGAAAAGAUCCAAACCCUUGAUCAGAACCGCUGCAACGCAGCAUGGGAGGCAGAUACUUUGAAACUUUGUCGUGAUGCCAGCAUGUGCGCUCGCUUGCUCCAGGCAGCAGUUUCCAAUGAGAAGACACGGCGUCUGAUGAAAGUGACACAUCUGCGCGAACAGAACAACAUUGGCGCCCAGCUAGUGACUAAGUUUGCAGAGAAACAGUGCUUCCAUGUGGCCCUUGUCUGCCCAGAGGCUGACUCUCACUUGGCCAAGUUCAUGUCCACCAUCUAUGGCGCCAACGGCUGCGUGAUACUUUGGGUGGACUUGAUGAAGUACGGCCGCCUCAGUGGCAAGGACUUGGAUGAGGUGACCAGCAGGGUCAAGAAGGCGCUGUCUCGAAAACCCAAUCACUCAGUUUGCUUCAUGCUGGCUCCAUGGUUGGUGUCAGAGCGCACCUCCAAUGGUGCCAGAGGAGAGUUGAGGAAAAUCGAAGACAAACUGGACGCGAAGAACUUGCAGAGUUAUCCCGUCAGCGUUCGCUGCUCGCCACCCCACACAGCGAAGAAGGUUCCCAUCAACUAUUGGGCAUACAUUGUGUUCACCGACGCUGAUGUGGAGAACAAUGCCUUCUUCAACUCCAUGUUGAUGACGGACAGGUCAAUGAGCGACGCCCAAGAAAGUGCUCAGCUCCUGGCUGGAUCCGAGAUGCCCACUGCUGUCUUGGAAUCCCUCCUGAAAGGGGCCGACUUCACUGGCAGGAUCUGUGGAGUUUGCAACUUCACCCCCUAUGAUGGGCAUCUUGAACGGGUUUGCAUGCGCUGGCAAAUGGAGUAUGGGCAAGAUGCUCUUGAGCUCAGGUCUUUUUCCAUGGGGGCAUAUCCCGAUGCAGUUGCCUUCAGUGAGCGCUUGCUUGGCAAUGAGUUGGUGCAGGAGAGGGAAAAUCACCCGCAAUUAUUUGUUUGA